GUACAGAUGAUGCAAAAUGUGCACUUGGCUCCAGAGACAGAUGAGGAUGACCUCUAUUCUGGUUACAAUGACUACAAUCCAACCUAUGACACCGAGGAAUUGGAGAAUGAUACAGCUUUUCAGCAAGCUGUGAGAACUAGUCAUGGCAGAAGACCUCCAAUAACUGCUAAAAUUCCAAGCACGGCAGUUACUAGACCUAUAGCUACUGGAUAUGGGUCCAAGACAUCCCUGACAUCCUCCCUGGGAAGGCCUAUGACGGGAGCUAUCCAGGAUGGAGUUACUAGACCCAUGACAGCAGUGAGAGCGGCUGGGUUUACCAAAGCAGCUUUGAGAGGCUCUUCAUUUGACCCCCUUGGUCAGUCAAGGGGCCCUGCACCUCCUUUGGAAGUCAAAAACGAAGAUAGUGCAGAAGAAAAGAUUAGACAAUUGGAGAAGAAAGUAAAUGAGUUGGUAGAAGAAAGCUGUAUUGCAAACAGUUCUGGAGACUUAAAAUUGGCCUUAGAAAAGGCAAAAGAUGCUGGAAGGAAAGAGAGAGUCCUAGUAAGACAACGUGAACAAGUUACAACUCCAGAAAAUAUCAACUUGGACUUGACUUACUCAGUUCUUUUCAACUUGGCCAGUCAGUAUUCAGCUAAUGAAAUGUAUGCCGAAGCACUGAACACAUACCAAGUGAUAGUGAAAAAUAAGAUGUUUAGCAAUGCAGGUAUACUAAAAGUGAAUAUGGGAAAUAUUUAUUUAAAGCAAAGAAAUUAUUCCAAAGCCAUUAAAUUCUACCGGAUGGCAUUAGAUCAAAUUCCAAGUGUACAUAAAGAGAUGAGGAUUAAAAUAAUGCAAAACAUUGGAGUUACGUUUAUUAAAACUGGCCAGUAUUCAGAUGCAAUUAAUUCUUUUGAGCACAUAAUGAGUAUGGCGCCAAAUCUGAAGGCAGGCUUCAACCUGAUUCUUAGUUAUUUUGCUGUUGGAGACCGUGAAAAAAUGAAGAAGGCAUUCCAAAAAUUGAUUGCUGUUCCAUUAGAAAUUGAUGAAGAUGAUAAAUACAUUUCACCAAGUGAUGAUCCCCAUACUAACUUAGUGAUUGAAGCUAUAAAAAAUGAUCAUCUAAGGCAAAUGGAACGUGAAAGGAAAGCAAUGGCUGAAAAAUACAUCAUGACCGCUGCAAAACUCAUCGCUCCUGUAAUUGAAACAUCUUUUGCUGUAGGUUACGAUUGGUGUGUCGAAGUUGUGAAAGCAUCUCAGUAUGUAGAGUUAGCUAAUGAUCUGGAAAUAAAUAAAGCAAUUACAUACUUGAGACAAAAGGAUUUUAACCAAGCUGUACAGACCUUAAAGAUGUUUGAAAAGAAGGACAGUAGAGUGAAGAGCGCAGCUGCAACCAACCUUUCCUUCCUGUAUUACUUAGAAAAUGAAGUUGCACAAGCCAGUAGCUAUGCAGAUUUAGCUGUGAACUCUGAUAGAUACAAUCCGUCGGCCCUUACAAAUAAAGGAAAUACUGUCUUCGCAAAUGGUGAUUUUGAGAAGGCAGCUGAGUUCUAUAAGGAGGCUCUGAGAAAUGAUUCCUCUUGUACGGAAGCACUGUAUAAUGUUGGCCUUACUUACAAGAAGCUAAACCGGCUAGAUGAGGCUUUGGAUUGUUUCCUGAAGCUCCAUGCAAUCCUACGAAACAGCGCCCAAGUUCUUUACCAGAUAGCAAAUGUAUAUGAGUUAAUGGAGGAUCCAAAUCAAGCUAUUGAAUGGCUAAUGCAACUAAUCAGUGUUGUUCCAACUGAUUCUAGAGCUCUCUCUAAACUCGGAGAAUUGUAUGAUAGUGAAGGAGAUAAAUCCCAAGCUUUCCAAUAUUACUAUGAGUCAUAUCGGUAUUUCCCUUCUAACAUUGAAGUAAUCGAAUGGCUUGGAGCCUACUACAUUGAUACCCAGUUUUGUGAAAAAGCCAUUCAAUACUUUGAAAGAGCUUCUCUUAUACAGCCUACCCAAGUGAAAUGGCAGCUGAUGGUAGCUAGUUGUUUUAGAAGAAGCGGUAACUACCAAAAAGCACUGGACACUUAUAAAGAUAUUCAUAGAAAGUUUCCAGAAAAUGUCGAAUGCUUGCGUUUCUUGGUUCGUCUCUGCACAGAUAUUGGAUUAAAAGAAGUUCAAGAAUAUGCAACAAAACUCAAGAGAUUGGAAAAAAUGAAAGAAAUAAGGGAACAGCGCAUAAAGUCUGGCAGAGAUGGCAGCGGAGGGUCCCGGAGCAAAAGAGAAGGAAGUGCUGGCAGCGAUAGUGGCCAGAACAGUAGUGCCAGUAGUAAAGGUGAACGACUAAGUGCCAAACUCAGAGCUUUACCUGGGACAAAUGAACCUUAUGAAAGUAGCAGUAACAAAGAAAUAGAUGCCUCCUACGUGGAUCCACUUGGCCCUCAGAUAGAAAGACCAAAAACUGCAGCCAAAAAAAGGAUUGAUGAAGAUGACUUUGCUGAUGAAGAGCUGGGAGAGGACUUGCUCCCAGAAUAG